AGGUUGAAAAUGACACUAAUUGGAUGGAGAGCUUGAAAUGGAAGCCGGGAUUGAAGCAGCAGGAAUAAGCUUAAAGACUUUGAUACAGGAAGCAGCUCUGUGUCAACAGGCCCGAGUGACUGACUGCAAGGAAAUCCUAUUAAGAAUUAGACUAAGCAGUAGCUGCACAACUCCUGUGACUUUGCCCUGUUUUGUGUGGUAACACAGCUGAUCCCAGGCUGCUGGCUUUUGGUAGAGGUCGCCACAGGAUUGGGCCUGAUGUCAUCAAUCCCCUGUGAUGAGAUUAAACCAUCAGGUGCCGUAACCCCUGAACAGGAAGGAGGAAGGAAAGAACGCACAGAUCCUUAUAGAUCUGCAGACAACAUGAAGAGAAAAUCAAACCAAAAAAUCAUGAGAAGCUGUUAUCGAGUACCAAAGUUGUUGUGGAUAAGGAAGAAAAUGCAAGAAAUUCACAGAAAAACACCAGGAAAAAUGGCUUCCGACCUUCACCUGUGUUUGGGAGGAGUGCAGUCGAAUAGACCUAAUGCUGAUGUGUGCAGAGACCACCUCAUUAAAGUUUGUACCCCUGUAACUAGACGAUCAACAAAGACACACAGAUGGUGCACUGGCCUUGCUGUAUCCCCAUGAGUCAGCCAAGAACCCAAAGCUAGAGGACCUCACUGAGAUGUUACACAAUCAACAAGAUGGCGAUGUCGAACCUUUUUUUACCGUUAGUCCAGCCCACUUCGACCUGUGAACCAAUGGGAGGACGACUUUACCCUGACAAAGAACGCCUUUUCAAAGAAGCCAGACAUCCAUGUACCAUACCUGUAUGUGGAUAUGGGGGCUGCAGUGCUCUGUGCCAGCUUCAUGUCAUUUGGGGUGAAGAGGAGGUGGUUUGCAAUGGCUGCUGCCAUACAACUGGUCAUCAGCACUUACGCAUCCUACGUUGGGGAGCAGGUGCACUAUGGGGACUGGCUUAAAGUCCGAAUGUAUUCCAGAGCACUGGGUAUUAUUGGAGGCUUUCUGGUUCUGGCUAGCGGGGCGGGGGAGGUGUACAGACAGAAACCUCGCAGCAGAUCCCUGCAGUCUACUGGACAGGUUUUCCUGGGAGUCUAUCUCAUCUGCAUGGUGUACUCCCUCCAACACAGCAAAGAGGACAGGCAGGCCUAUCUGAACCACAUCGCUGGGGGAGAGAUCACUCUGAUGCUGCUGGAGGUGCUGUUUGGGGUGCUGGCUUUGGCCUUCCUCUCUGGCUGCUACAUCCGCCUGGCCGCUCAGAUCCUGGCCACCGUCCUUCCUCUGGUGAUCCUGCUCAUUGAUGGAAACCUGGGCUACUGGCACCACACUCGCAAGGUUGAGUUCUGGAACCAGAUGAAGCUGAUUGGACAUAACAUCGGCAUCUUUGGCACUGCGCUGAUCCUAGCCACUGAUGGCUGAACACUCCCUCGGGAACCCUCACAGACAACUUUGACAAACCGAGGCGUCUGCGCAGGAUGAGAUUGUUGGCCUUUACUGUUUCGUCACCGCCCGACUUUGUACUCAAAGCCGCUGUGGCACAGUGACCUCUCAGGAUUCAAACUCUCCAAGCUGAGACGGUUGGAUGUAUUGUAAGCCAUGUUGAUUGUCUUUGCCUACCAGUUGAUAACUUUACUUAUGCAAGAAAAAACCAGAGUUUCCUUUUUUCAAUUUAAUAAUUUAUUUGGAUUCAUGUUUACAUUGUUAUCUCUGUUAUGCUCUGAAACACGACACUGAGCAUUGGUACUGUAAAAAUACCUUGUACUCCCAAAAUUCUAGUCUUAAUAGUUUGAUAAAGUUUUAUAGUAUACAGUUUAAAUAUUUUACAAAUAAAGGGAAACUGUAAUUAACAUGUGGUAUUGCUUAUGAAGAGGGAUGGCUAUGGUUCUGACCAUUUGUUAAGACACUAUAUUUGUUGCAUUGCUUUUAACUGGUGCAUUCACAAUAAUGUAAGUUUUCAUUAGAUUCAAUAAGCACAGCUCUUUUAUCACCUGUGUGAAAACUGUUCACAUUUUUAUACAAAAUAAUGUGAAAUAACAAUUUAGUUACAUGAUGGUGUGUAAGAUGCUGCAGAUUGUUGUCCAAGUUUUAGCAUUUUCAUCAUUAAAACUGAGUUCUUUUCUUUCACUGAAUAGUGCAAACUUUAGUUAUACUGCAGUAAUAUUUAUUUUGAUACCAUUUACCACCUCAGCUUUCAAUGAGAAUAAACAGUGUUGCACGUGAUGAAAAGAUGAAAUGUAACUAAUGUGUCUUGGACUAAAUUGGAUUCAUAAUGGAGAGCCUGUUAGACUGUGAUGCAGCAGUAUGUUUUGUUAAAUAUUAAAUUAAAUAGAAAUAUGAAAUGUUUUAUCUUUAUCUGUUACAUGUAUCUCAGCAUGAAGAAAAUGUCUAAGGCAAGUUAUUCAAAAUUACUUUGACAAAAAAGUAUGAUUGUACUCUCAGUAGUGAAGUACAUCUAGCUAAAACUAAUGCAGUCUAACACUGCUGUAAAUCCUUCCUCCAUUAAAUUUAUAAUGUUCAGCUGUAGUUUCAGUUUGUGGUGUUGCGGAAUUGUAUUACAUUAUAGAGAGAGGCGUCUCUGUCUUUUAGCCCACCAUCUUUAAAACUGUUUUAACAAAAACUGAACACUAUAAACCUUACUGUAAAUACGGUAGUGUUUAUAGUAGGGGUGAUGAAUUAGACUCCAAUAGUUUUAGCUAGUCAGCCAAGUAAAUAACUUAUCCUCUUAUCUUUGUCUCCUCUCUGUGUUUUACAAAAGGUAUUCUGCACUUGUUUAUCUUUCCUGUCCCUCCUUUUUGCUACAGUGGGUUGCCAUACAAAACACCAUUAAAAACUUUAAAGGAUCUAAAUAUAGAAUGAAACAUGAUAUUGUGUGGUAAACUACAGGCUAUUGUGUAACAGCACUGAAUGCCAGCCUCACCUCAGCCCCAGAACACCUGUCCAUGAAUAAAACAUAUCAUUUUUCUAGUC